AUGGCUGCGGGUGAGGCUGCCCCAACGAAGCCUCGUCAAGAGAAACAAUACGACUAUCUUUUAAAGUUCCUUCUGGUUGGAGACAGUGACGUUGGGAAACAAGAAAUUCUCAGCGGCCUCGAGGACGGAGCUUCCGAGUCUCCUUUCUGCGGUGGUAUAUACACAUACACAUCGUACAAAACUACCACUAUUCUUCUCGAUGGGAAGAGAGUCAAGUUACAAUUAUGGGAUACCUCGGGGCAAGGGAGAUUUUGUACGAUAAUUAGAUCUUACUCCCGAGGAGCCCAAGGAAUACUUUUACAUGCUCCAGGUGUACCAAAAGUAUUGGUCGGCAAUCGACUUCACCUGGCAUUCAAAAGACAAGUAGGAGAGCGAGAUGCAGAAAUAUACGCGGCUAAAAAUCAUAUGGCAUUUUUUGAAGUAUCGCCCUUGUGCGAUUUUAACAUAAGGGAAAGUUUUUCGGAGUUAUCUCGAAUGGCAUUACACCGUAAUGGCAUGGAAAGACUUUGGAGAUCGAACAAAGUUCUCACAUUACAAGAGAUAGCAUGCCGUACAAUUGUUGCCAGAACAACGGUUUAUGAGAUAGACCAAUUGCCUUUACCCAAGUCCAUUAAGUCACACUUAAAGUCGUAUGCAAUGACGACGACAUCGCAAUUACGUUGUAAUAGAUCGCAAAAUUCAAGCAAAAGCCUUGGAUCUCAUCAUCGAAAGUUGCGGUUCGUCGGAGCGGGUCACAAUGGACUGACAACACCGGGCAAUUCACCUGGCAGCAUUACUGACUCGCGUUCUAGUUGCGCUGGUCGUAAUUCUUGCGCAAUAUCCUGA